GCAAGUCCCGAUGAGCUCCAAAUACUUGAGAAACAUUUAUUUCCGGUAUUUCACUCAUUUUAAAUUAUUGUAUCUGAUAAUGUAUUCAUAAGAUGCGGAAGGCAUGAAUGACAGUAACAACAAACAACUGCACUUGCAAGUAAUUAUAUCGAUGCUCAUUUAGAAGGAAAAUUUUGCAACCGAAGCUAGCACGCAUAGUUCCUGUGGCUUCUGGUCGGUUCAGCCAUUAAAGAAGGCAUCAAAAAUCCCCACCGAGCAGCUUCUAUGUGGACCUUAUCCACAUCGUCGUUCCUCUCUAGCAGCGCUGCUUCUCCUUCCUUCUCUCUAUCCAUCCAUCAGCGGCUCUGCUCUCCUUCCCCUCUCUCUAUCCGUGCUGCAGCCACAUACACACACACACGCCCACAGCACUGCUUCCCCCUCUCUCUUCUUCCUCCACAAGGAACCAAGCAUCACUCUUUGCUUGACCGUGGCGCCAGAAUCGAGCUCGGAUGCGCGCGGCUGUCUCGCCGGUGGCUGCUUCGCGUUCGUCGGUAGGUUGCGGCGCUGUUGCUGCCCAUAUGGGCUCCCAGUGGCCGGGGCUGGCUGGGCUCCCAGGAGCCGGCCUCCCCGCCUCCUCCAACAUCACCUGGAGAGGAGCUCCUCUGUGCUUCCUAGCCGCCUCCUCCAGCAGAGAAGGGAGUCUCCACAUGGAACAGAACCAGAACGCCUCGCCUUGGAGCUCGCUGCCUCCGGUAACCUCUCUGUCGGCCUCGUGCUCCUCUGCCUCGAGCGCCGCCUCCUACCCGUCGUCCAUCUCCUGGAGGUGCCUGUCAGGCAGGGGUUGAUGCUUAUCCUCGACUCUCUCUGUCAGCUCUCUCCUUCUCCAGGCCGAGGAGGAUGAAUGGGGCUAUCACAGGUCGGCCGCUACGUCCGCGUUGACUGCGGGCGAGCGCGCAUGACCGACACAUACGACCCCGCCUCUGCUCCUACUCAUUCUCUGUCACGACCAGUUUUUUAAUAAAAUAUUCAUUGAGAGACCAAUCCCUUUUACGGACCAGUAAAGAAGAAUUCCUUCUCACUGGUAGACAAUAUCUUGGUCACAGAAGAAAAAUACCAGGAGUACUGAAUAUAAUACAAGGUUGAGCGGGGACUGC